CUUUCCCACAGCAGAAAUUGCGAUCGUCAUGUUGAGGGGAAAAAUUAUUUUUUAUAAUACUAUACAAUUCAGACAUAAAAGGGUGCUGCAGCCCACGUAUACCAUCAACCAUUCUCAGCACUAUCCUAUAACAAUCUUGUUACCGAAACCAGUAAAGUUUCUCUACAGUCUACAUAUCUACUCUCUUAUCAUUUACCUCAGCCUAUAUAUUCCUUGAUCAACUUUACUCCUCAUGCAUUUGUUCCUUUUUCAGAUUUGCCUUGGAAUUGGAGCCGCCAUGGCCGCAGAUAGUGAUUUCAUUAUGCCGGAUGAAGGGCUACCCCAUGCGAGGACGAUCAUGGCCUGGCCUGGUAGCAACAAUCCAAACUACCAAGAAGAUGGCAGCCUCGCAGAGAUGAAGAACGAGCUGACAGCCAUCGCCCAGGCGAUCGCUGAUUUCGAGCCAGUGACUUUACUGGUGGGCUCCGAUCAGGUCUCCGACGCACAGCGGAGAUUUCAAAACUACAGCCAUUAUGGCGUGGAAAUCAAGGCCAUGAACAUGGAUGACUUGGAGCCGUGGAUGCGUGACGUUGCACCAACAUUUGUUUUCAGCAAGGAGUCGCCUUCCAGCCUCCAUGGGAUUGAUUUCAAUUUUAAUGGGUGGGGAGGGAGAUAUCCUUCAAUUAAUAAUUCACAACUGGCCCGCCGGUUUCUCAAUGAUCAUCAGAUCCCCCGUGUGACUACAUCGGUUGUUGUCGAAGGGGGGGCUCUAGAAACUGAUGGAGAAGGAACUGUUAUUGCAACGGAGAGUUCAAUCCUCAAUCCCAACCGCAACCCAGACAUGAGUCGAGAGGCCAUUGAGAAGGAAAUCUACCGUCUUUGGGGAGUGUCAAAGAUUAUCUGGGUCCCUGGUGUGAGAGAUGAAGAUAUUACCGAUGCUCACAUCGAUUCCUUGGCCCGCUUCGUCGCUCCCGGAAAAGUUGUCUUGAGUCGCCCUACUCCGGAUAAUAAGGAGUGGACCACAGUUUAUAAUGAGAUUAAGCACAUCUUAUCUGAGGCCACUGACGCCAAGGACCGGGCUUUCAAGAUUGUUGACCUGCCCGAGGCCGAUAUCAAUGAUGUAAACACAACUGAAACGGAUAUGGUACUGGGCUAUGUCAACUAUCUGCUUGUGAAUGGUGCCGUCAUCGCCCCAAGAUUUGGAAGUGGUAAAUCAGACACAAAGGCCAAGGACAUACUUCAAACCCUCUUCCCCGAGCGAGAGGUUGUCCAGGUCUACCUCAAUGAGAUUGCAGUCAAUGGUGGCGGCAUCCAUUGCAUGACGCAGCAGAUCCCUUCAUCGAACCUCUAAUGGUGGUCUUCAACGCAUCCAACAGCCGUUUAAAAUUACUAGAGUCUAUGGUCCCGCAGAGAGAUGUUUUGUAAGAGCCGUUGAGGUAUAUAUUGUCAAACUAUAUAAACCGCUAUUGCUGUUCAACACAGUGAGCGCUCGCUCUGCCAACUGUUUGGAGUUAUGCUACACCUUUAUAUCGCCAUAUUUUGUUAUUCUAAUCGACCCCUAUUUCCUAUGUAUUUAGUCUUGAAUAGUUACUUGUUUAACUUUUUAUCUAGAAAAGCGAGAAACUCG